AUUUUCUUUUUCUAACUUUUUUUUAGUACCAAUUACAAAAGCAUUUUGUCAUUGUUACUAAUGAGGUUUUAGUACCAAUUACAAAAAUCAAACUUUCUCUCUCUCUGAAUUCUGAAACACACGACUGACGACACUUCAUUGCCGACCACCGACGAGCACACUGGAAGUCCGGCGGUGAGGAGGCGCCCCCAGUUCACUUCAGUCGAGUUGUCGACUCACACUCUCAAAAGCCACAAUACACAAUUCAAAUUCCUGGGUCCACCACUGACUGCAUUUGGGAAAUUUAUAAGAUUAGACAAACAAAAAUGGGUAAUGAAGAAUCACCGCAAUCUACUAGAAGAACAACAAGAUCUUUGGCUUCUGCUAGUACACAAACACCCAGAAAAAGCAUCAGUUAUAAACCAACAAUUAGAGAUCUUUUAUAUAAGAAUGAUAAACAUUUAAGCUUGGAUGAUCUUCUUUCUAGUUUCCCUGGUAGAAAUAAUGAAAUUACUGAGGUUUUAUGUCACGUGGGUCCCUUGAAUUCUCCUAUGUUUCCAUUGUUUAUCUAUGGUGCUGCUUCCACUGGAAAAACUAGCAUCAUUCUGGAGGUUUUUCGACAUUUGAAGCGCCCGUUCGUGUAUUCGAGCUGUGUUUCAUGUUAUAGUCCUAGGAUUUUGUUUGAGUCCAUCUUGAAUAAGUUGGCCUUUCAUGUAAGGGUUGAGGAAAAUGAUUAUUUGAGUGUUAAGAAGUGUGACAAGCCCUCUGAUUUCGCUAACUUUGUUCGAGAAGCGUUGGUGAAUGUCUUGGACAUUUUGAAGGGGAAAUCUGAGAGAACGAGUGGAAAGAGAGCGUGUAAGGAUGAUAUAGGGAAGAUGAUUUACUUGAUUUUCGACGAUUUUGAGCAUGUUCGAGAAUGGGAUAAAAGCGCUACUGUUUUGCCUUUUUUGUUUGGCCUCUAUCGUAUGUUGGGUUUGCCUGAAGUUGGUAUUAUCUUCAUCAGUAAAGUGUCUCCUGAUGCUUACUAUUCAAAUUCUGGUCACAUAGAACCUAUCCCCUUGUAUUUCCCUGGAUAUACGGAGCAGGAUCUUCAUCAAAUUUUCAUGCAGAAACAAUCGAAACCUGAGCAAAUGUCGAAUUUUCUUGAUAUUUCACUGAAUCCUUUCUCUAGAGUUACGAGACAAGUUGAUGAAUUAUCUAUUGCAUUACGUCCACUGUACGAGAAGUACUGCGAGCCCUUGAAUGAUCCAAGAUCUAACUUUUGCUGGGAAACCAAACAGAAAAGAGAAGAUGCAAAGAGAAAACUUUAUAGUCAUCUUGUGCCCCACAUUCGUCCUUCUCUCAAUGAAGUAUUCAGAAUUUCAUCUCUUGAGGUAGAAGCUAAAGCUGAUAAAGUGAAGGGGAGGGCGAGUGUGAAAAAAUUGGGAGUUCCUGAUGAAGAGUUGGAUUUCCACAUGUCUAUUUCAGCAAAAUAUCUUCUUAUUUCAGCAUUUCUUGCUUCAAGAAACCCUGCUACUCUUGAUGCAUCAUUGUUUGAUUCAACUGGAGGUCCUUCUAAUGGCAAAAAGAAGAGAAAGUGUUCUGAGAAGGCAAUGGAGCAGAAGGAAAUGGCGGAGCAGGAAUUACUUAUGAAGGGCCCUGGGACUUUCCCCUUGGAAAGGUUGCUAGCUAUCUUCCAGUGCAUCACGUAUGGGGAAGACAGUUCUGUUGACGAAGAGGUGCGCAAUGAGGACGACCCUCUGGGAAGCGAAGUAGCUCAAAAUGACCUCACUUCUAAUGUUCUCUUGCAAGUGUCUAGUCUAUGUAAUGCUAAUUUUAUAAGCAAAGGGGGAAGUUGUCCACUGGAGGGUUCAACUCGUUACAAGUCUACUGUAUCCGAAGAAUUGGCUCUGAAGGUUGCGAGGAGCCUCAAGUUUCCCCUUUCAAGAUACUUGUAUAGACGAUGAUAUUGCAUUGUAGAAGCAGAAAGCCAGUUUUAACUUUUAGAGUACAGAUCAGAAGUUGUUUGUGCUUCUUGUAUUUAUGCCCACAUCAGCAAAUUGUUGCAUCUCAAUGGUCAUUGAAACAAUUGACAUAGGAUUUACAGAUCUUGAAGACCGUUUGUCCUCAACUCUGGACUGUAGCAUAGAACGCAAGAUUCAUAGCUGAAGGGUGAUAAUACACGAGUUGAUCCACAGCUGUGGGAAGAGAAGUUAGGGAGAGGUAUCAUGCAAAGUGAUUGAUUGUUGAUGAAUGCUUCAUAGAGUAUUGCUCUUACAUUCUGUAAGCAUUGAGAUCUUGAAUCUUUUGUGUGGGGAACAAAUUGGAGCUUGAGCAGCCUAAUCAAAGUAAGCAGAUCCAAUAGUAUACCGGGGCAAGUCAAUAUAAUCGAGGCCCAUGUAAUGGUCCAAAUGCCCGUGGACGUUUUUUUGGAUGGGUGUUCUCUUUGUUGGGGUUGGGUGGGUCCAUAGAAGACUUGAAUGCCAAUUCAAGUGGGUUCUAAAUCCAAGUCUCCUUCAGCCAAAUAGUAGAAGGGAAGUUGACCUAACUAUAAAUGUACUGCUUUCCUUUCAACUACCUCUUCACCAACCAUUGAUCUUGUAUAAUAUAAUGCAGAAGUAGUCAACCCGAAUUUCAAAUACAACUCUCCUUUUUUA